AUGGGUGUGUGCAGCAUCGAAAGAUGCUGCAAGACGCCUGAACAGUCUCGUCAUGGACAUCUAGCGAUUCCAUUGGCGAGCAGUGGAGGAUUUGGUGGAUUACUAGCCAAUGGCAAUCCAAACCAAAGAAACCAUAUUUGGGGGAAUGCCUUACAGAAUAGCCGGGCGACUUUGGUUGUCUGUGAUUCUGUGAGUGUAACCUCCUCUUUGGCCGAUGAUAUUGAACGUUCUGUUUCUGCGAAACAUCGGAGCAGUGUUCAGUGGAAGUCGGUUAGAGGAAACUCAAAGAGUGCUAUGGCAUGGAGGGGUUGUGAUGAUUUGAUAGUGUAA